CGCGGAGGAAGAGGCGGGGGCUGCACGCAGCGGCCAGGAAGACAGGGACACCCAGGAGCGAGCCCCCGGAUCCUGCAACAUGAGCGCCCUGGACUCCUGCGGCGGGGAUUUCUCGGCCCCAGAUGCUGGACAGAAUGUGACAGAAAUGGAUGCCAUAACUAAAAGGGAAUUACUUGAUCCAGCAGAAAGCUACAAAAUGGAUCACAACAGGAGAGGCAUGGCUUUGAUCUUCAAUCACGAGCGGUUCUUCUGGCACUUGACUUUGCCAGAAAGGCGUGGCACCAGGGCAGACAGAGAGAACCUUAGACUAAGGCUUUCAAAUCUGGGGUUUGAAGUGCAUUGCUAUGAUGAUUAUAAAGCUGAAGACCUCCUAAAGACCAUCCAUACGGUGUCCACCUCUAGCCAUGUGGAUGCCGACUGCUUCUUGUGCGUAUUCCUGACUCAUGGUGAAGGAAAUCACAUCUAUGCUUAUGAUGCCAAAAUUGACAUUCAGAAGCUGACCGCCCUGUUUAAAGGAGAUAGAUGUCAGAGCUUAGUUGGGAAGCCCAAGAUAUUUAUCAUUCAGGCAUGUCGGGGAGACCAGCAUGAUGUCCCGGUCAUUCCUUUGGACGAGGUUGAUCAUCCGACUGACAAGGUGGACGUCAAUGAAACAGAAGUCGAUGCUGCAUCCGUUUACACUCUCCCUGCUGGAGCCGACUUCCUCAUGUGUUACUCUGUUGCAGAAGGUUAUUAUUCCCACCGUGAAACGGUGAACGGUUCCUGGUACAUCCAAGACUUGUGUGAGAUACUGGGAAAGUAUGGCUCCUCCUUAGAGUUUACAGAGCUGCUCACACUGGUGAACAGAAAAGUGUCUCAGCGAAGAGUGGAUUUCUGCAAGGACCUGAACGCCAUCGGGAAGAAGCAGGUCCCUUGUUUCGCCUCCAUGCUGACAAAGAAGCUCUUUCUCUUUCCAAAGUCUAAAUAACGUCUGGGCUGCCACCUUGUUCUAAACACACAUUUUGAAGGUCUGGCCUCUUCCUCCCCACUCCUUUUUUAUUUUUGUACAAUUAUCUUGAGAUGGGAUCCGGUGCCUUUUAAAUUUUUUAAUCAGAUGCCCAUUUUGGGGACACUGCUCAGCAUCACAGUUUUCUGUGGGGAACUGUUAACAGUUUCACCCAAAAUUGGUACUUUGGUUAAUCUUCCUUUUUAGAGCUUUGGUCAUAUUUGCUUAAUUAGCUUGUUGACCACAUUCUCAGGGAAUAUCAGGGAAUCACCUUCCCAAGAGUUUCUGAAUAAUUGACUUUCGUUUCAUAAAUCAGUAGUCUAUCCAAAUUAUCAGGUGGUUCUAACUUAUUUGUGGCAUCUUUGUUUCUUCAUCAAAGUCUUUUUUCUAAUAUUCAUUUAUACCUUUUUUAGAUCCUUGAGUGAAAAAGAAAACCAGCAGGUCGUUUUCCACUAACAUUUCAAUUUAAAGGGAAUACUUAUAUCUUUCUGGGGCUUUGUUGUGUAAGACAUUUUAAAAAACAUAUUCUUGCCUAAAUCUCUGUGGUGUUUCAUAAAUGUCUGAUACAGCCCUUACUCACACCCCUUACCCCCUCCGCCCCACUCCCUUCUAGCUUAUGUACAUGUUGUCCAGUAAGUGGAUACCUGCCCUGUCCAAACUUAAAGCUUGUGCCCACAGCCCAACAGCCAUCAUUCCUUCUGGGUACAUCUUCUCUUCCUUCUUGCUCCUCUUCCCACCCAACUCUCUAGCUUCCCAGUGCUCUACACCUGACACUGUACCCAGGCUAAGUCACCUACAUGCUGUUGCCACCCUAGUCAAGACCUACAGUACCCACUUCCCACUUUAGUUUCAUCUGUGAUCAUAUGUUAGGGUAAUGAAUUGGUGAUUAUAUAGGCAAGGCGUGCCUAUAAAUAAGUUUCAUUCUCAGAUUCUAAAUUGUCGAUUAAUCAUUGACAAAUUAAAUGACAUGUCUUGCAGGAGACUCAUCAUUCUAAACCCCCUCCCCAGUUUUCACAGUUGAUGUGCUACAAAUUUUAGAUGAAUCUUUGAAAUUCAGUGUUAUAAAUUUGUAAAUUUGGAAGAUUUCUUAUUUCCCUGGUUUCUUUUUAGAUUAGACUUUUUUUAAAAAAAAUUUUUAGAUAAAUGACUACUUAGUAAUUUAGUGAUCAUCUAUUUAAGUGGCCGUGCUAAUAACUGGUUUCAUUCAUAGAUUAUCAAGCUAAUGAAUAUAUAUGAAUAUAUUUUUUUAACCAUAGGACUCUGAACCUUAAAAUGCUAUGCAAAACUAGCAACUUUGUUGCCAGAGACUAAAGAUAAUACCUUUUGGUUUCUUAUAAUGUAGUUGAAUACUUAAACAGUAGUUUUCAUGUCUUGUUCCAGUCGGUUAUUUCCUGGGACAGGCUCUUCCAGAUGGCAUUUAGGCACAUGCCUAAUGGUCAGUGAGAUUCCUGUCCUCAUUCUAGACCCAAUGGUUGGUGUCUUCAUUCUAGAAGGGUGCUAGGGUGGUUACUGGCAGCCAAAAUGUUUCUGCCCCUUUCUUAAUCUUAACUCCCCACCUCCUUCCUCUUUCCCUGCGAAGGUACAAUAAGAGUCAUCACUGUCCAUUGGCCCCAUCCCAAAGAGGCAACACCCCAGAAUGUUCUACUUGGUGUACAGACCAUGAAAAAUUUCCUGGGCUUUUGGGCAGAUGUUAUACAAUUCUGAUAGUCUCAGAGAAAUUAAAUCCUUUAACACACUGUACUGUCAUUCUAUCUUAAAUGUGAUUAUUUUAAUAAUUUUUUUAGAGUAAUGUACCCUAAGCUCAGUUGCCAUAAUAAGGACUGAGCUUUGGAAGCAAUAUUGAUGGACCUAAAUUUUGUUUACACUUAUUACAUUGUUUUGAUAAUAAUUUGCUUUUGUAAUAAAAAAUUAUGUAAUUCUGUUUUUA